AUUUUAAAAAGAAGAAAAUGCACGUGAAACAGAAAAAACCUGCUCAAAUAUUGUUUUGCAAGAAUACGUAUGGACCAAAAGUAAAAGUGGAACAUUGGACUAACGAGUUACUUGCAGCAAAAAAGGACAACCAUGUUUAUCGGGAUCAACUGAGUAAUCAUAUGAGCACUUACAACCGCCUUGGUACUGACGAUCACGGUGUAAAUAUGACUGAGACCAGACACAUGCUGGCUCAAAUUCACACGAAAACCGAUCCUAUAUACUCGUUCAAACCUCUUGUUAAUUUCACUUCUUAUCCUUGUACUGAUACUCCUGGAAGAAACUUGUUAAUGAAGAAAGCGAACUUGCCACAACUCCCGCCUGAUUUUGGGGUUAUGGAUUAUUUGACGACCCAACAGGAUGAUUAUAGGAGUCCAUAUCCUGCAGUUUCUAAACCGAUUAUGAUGGAAAACCCUCCUUGGUUGCUCCAUCGCGUCAUAUGCUCGGACAGGACGCAAAAUUACGGCACUGCACCGCCUAAAGGUUUCUACCAAUGUUUGGACACACAUACGCCUAUUGGACACAUUCGUCAACUGCGUCUAAAGAAGAAUCAGACCUUCAAUCCUUAUACAUGUGAACCAUUUCCUCAGCUUACUGAACGGCUGGAUAAAGACGAAAUUAAACAAGUUGGCAUUUAAUUAAUAAUUAAUUUAAUUCCUUAAACAUAAAAAAUACCAAACACAAAGUGAAGCAAAUAAUAACUAACACAAACGAAAUUUAUUUUUAACAAAACAAGUUACAAACUUUUAUAUUAUUUUUAAAAAUAAAUUAACUUAUUCGACAAAUGUGUAACUCUAAUAAAUUCAAGUGUGAACAGGUUUAUGUUGUUUCAAUACCCUGCUAACUGAAAGUACACAUUUUGCUUAUCAUCCGCUCUCAGGUGCUAACUAAAACUGGCCCUUAUAAUAUGUCAGGUAACCCAAAGCCCUUGAACGGUAACAACAGACAAACAGAAUAGGCAUAACAAAAUUAUCAUAAAUAAAUUUAUAUUCCAGAUGGUGAUUGUGUCAACAUUUGCUAGAACUCCAUUAUUU